UCAGUGAGUUCGUAAAACCUUUCUCAACUUUCAAUCGCCAGCUGCAAGUAUCGCAGGAGCACCAUAGUUGAAAGGCAAGUAUGAGGUCUGCAAAGGAGGACGUGCCAUUAAGGCAGAAACAACCGAUUGAUUUAGUUUCAGCUGUCAAAGAGUUACAUAUGCUGAGUUCUCAAGAGCUUGGCAAGUUAAUUAGAGAUGCAGACAAUGAUACUAUUCAGUGGACUACCAGCAAUGGAUCAUCAAAUCAGGUCGAUGUGGAAAACCUAGCAAGAUUUUUGGCAUUGCACCUAAUUGCAAAGCUUCUCUCAUCCAAACGAGAUGAAGAAUUUUUCAGAUACUUGUUAGGCGGGAUUCGACUGUUGCAUGGCUUGUGUGAUCUUGCACCUCGCAAUUCCAAGAUUGAGCAGGUUUUGCUUGAUGACGUGAAAGUAUCUGAACAGAUGUUUGAUUUGAUCUUUUACAUGAUCAUUGUUCUUGGGGACUCUAAACAGAAAUUUAUUACUUCAAGUCAUCUGGUUCUGCUGCAUUCAGCACUGUUGGCCUGCAGUCUAUAUCUGUUAACAGCGUUUGUUUCUUCACAAUGGCAUGAGCUUGCACUAGUUCUGCUUGCUCACCCUAAGGUUGAUACUUUUAUGGCUGUAGCUUUUGCUGCUGUUCAUAUAGACAUUCAAUUUCUUCAAGCAAGGCUGUUGGCUCAAUAUACUGAUGCUGGCAUCCAGUCGAAUCUUGCUGAAGUCAACCGUCUGUGCCAGCACUGUGAGGCUUCUCUACAGUUUCUUCAGUCGCUUUGCCAACAAAGGUUCUUUCGGGAGCGCCUGGUUAAGAAUAAGGAACUAUGUGGAGAAGGUGGCAUCCUCUUGUUGGCUCAUGACAUCAUGAAAUUGCCAUUCUGUGAAGAGUCAUAUCUUAUGGCUGUGGUCUCUAGGCUGAAAUCAAAAGUCUUAUCUAUUCUGCUGCAUCUUUGUGAAGUAGAAAGUGUGUCUUUCUUAGAUGUGGCCGCCAGCACUACUGGGGGCUUGAAUUUGGCAAAGUCUACUAUAUUCCAGGUCCUUGAAUUGCUGAAGACCAUGUUUCGUGGAGAUCUCAAUGGACUUGCUGCUUUUUCGGACAAAACCUAUCCAAGGGGACUUCUGCAACUCAAUGCAAUGCGAUUGACAGAAAUUCUCUCUGAUGAUUCUAAUUUUCGAUCUUAUAUCACCUUAAACUUUACUGAAGUUCUGACCAUGAUAUUUUUGCUACCACAUGCGGAGUUCUUGUCUAGUUGGUGUUCCUCUGAAUCUCCUCCUUCUGAAGAAGAUGCUACUCUGGAUUAUGAUUCCUUGGCAGCAGCUGGAUGGGUUUUGGGUGUGCUUCCAUCAUCAGACGUUCCUGAAUCUACUUUUAAUGCUUGUCGUGUUCCUCGGACUUCCUAUGCAUAUCAAAGAACAUCUUUACUGGUCAAAGUCGUAGCAAAUCUCACUUGUUUUAUUCCUGAUCUAUGUAAAGAGGAGAAGGAUCUCUUCCUUAACACAUUCCUGCAGUGCUUGCAGAAGUUACUUCCUAAUUUACUAUAUGGAGCUCCAAAUGAUGCUGAAGCUGAAAGAGCUGCGAUCGUUAUCCAAAACCUGCGUUCCCUAUUGAUUCAUGCUGGAUCUUUAGUUCCUGGAUUUCUUAAUGAGGAUGAUGUACAGCUGCUUAGGUUGUUCAUUGAGCAAUUGGAGCGACCAAUUAAUCGUGAAUCCAAUAUUGACCGAGUUAAAGAGGGUAAUGGUCGAGGUCCAGACUCUCCAGAUGCAGGCAGCAGAGGUGGUAACCAUAACAAGGGCAUGUCCGUUGAUUCUGCUUUAGAAGAAGGGAACCAGUUAAAUCUCAACGGAAAUGAAGACCCAUCUAAUAGUUUGCCGAGGCAAGACCAGAGGACAGAUGUGGCUCAAAAUUUUGCUACCAGGGGUGUUCAUGAAAGUGAUGAAAAUGCUCAGAACGUCGAAACUAAUGGAUUGGAGUCCAGCAUUAUGCAGAGUGAGGAAAAGCAGUUAAGAAAAAGGAAGCGCAACAUAAUGAAUUAUAUGCAAAUAACCAUGAUCGAACAGGCUUUACAAAAUGAGCCUGACAUGCAGCGGAAAGCUGCCUCUAUACAAUUAUGGGCUGAUAAAUUAAGUCUUCAUUUCCCAAUUUUCAUUUUGCAGGGUUCUGAAAUUUCGUCCUCGCAGUUAAAGAAUUGGUUGAAUAACCGUAAAGCCAAACUAGCCCGUGCAGCUGCUAAGGACAUUCGUGUGCCAUCUGGGGGAGACACUACUUUUACCGACAAACAAGGUGGCUCAGGAACCGAUCCCGUGUCUGACUCACCCGAGAGCCCCGAUGAAUUUUUCGCCCCAUCCCCAUCUGCCCCCCAACUGCAAAUUUGCAGCAAUAGAAACCCGGAAGGUGUUUCCGUUAGGUAUGAGCAAGGGCAAUAUGUUGUGCUUACAGAUGGACAAGGAGAAGAGAUUGGUAAGGGGUAUGUGCAUCAAGCAAGCGGCAAUUGGUCUGGAAGCAAUCUUGACGAAUCUGGUUUGUGUGUGUUGGACGUUACUUAUCUUAAGGUCGAUAAAUGGGCAAAUCUUCCGCACCCAUGUGAUGCUACUGGCAACUCAUUUGGGCACGCUGAACAAAUUCUUGGAUUAAAGAGAGUGUUGUGGGAUUCCAGCAAACUUGUGCUACAGCAGAAGCCUAGAUGACAACUGAAUCAUCGACUUCCGACAUUUUUCUUGUCGGCAAGAUGUGCUCAUGCAUGGGCUCUGAAGUUGUUUCCGAUAGGAGUGGUGGCGGCAACGGAUGAAUAAGCUUCGGAACAACCACCAAUCCUCUACCAAUUACAAGUAAAGCUCCAGCAUUAUUGGCAGUCCCUGAAUGCAAGAAAAAACGAAAAAAUGAAGCUAGUAGUUAUCAAGAAACAACACACCAAUUGAUUUAGAAAAAGAAGAGGGGGGAGGUUUAAUGUUAUACCACAAUAGUUAGUAGCAGAAAAGAGGGUAAUCAACUGUCCUUGUGCAAAUCUUUCGAACCCAUCCAUUACACAUUCGUGUGCUCUUAUUAUCAUCUGAAGUUUGUUUCUUCUACAGAAGUCCGUUACCCUGUCAGGCUGCAAAUACUUGUUACAAUUCAUAUCACAUUUAUCAGCAAAAACUUGUUACAAU